CCUCACGCGCGCCCCUCCGCCUCGCCGCGAGCCCCGCGAGGGGGAAACGCUUUCUCCCGGCAUGCAGCGGGAGGAGGGAUUUAACACCAAGAUGGCGGACGGCCCGGACGAGUACGAGAGCGAAGCGGGCUGCGUGCCCCUUCUCCAUCCCGAGGAAAUCAAACCCCAAAGCCAUUAUAACCAUGGAUAUGGUGAACCUCUUGGGCGGAAAACUCACAUUGAUGAUUACAGCACAUGGGACAUAGUCAAGGCUACACAAUAUGGGAUAUAUGAACGCUGCCGAGAAUUGGUGGAAGCAGGUUAUGACGUGCGGCAACCUGACAAGGAAAAUGUUACACUACUUCAUUGGGCUGCAAUCAAUAACAGAAUAGAUUUAGUAAAAUACUAUAUUUCGAAAGGUGCUAUUGUGGAUCAACUUGGAGGAGACCUGAAUUCAACUCCCUUGCACUGGGCCACAAGACAAGGCCACUUAUCCAUGGUUGUACAACUAAUGAAAUAUGGUGCCGAUCCCUCAUUAAUUGAUGGGGAAGGAUGUAGCUGUAUUCAUUUGGCUGCUCAGUUUGGACAUACCUCAAUUGUUGCUUAUCUCAUAGCAAAAGGACAGGAUGUAGAUAUGAUGGACCAGAAUGGAAUGACACCUUUAAUGUGGGCAGCUUAUAGAACACAUAGUGUGGAUCCAACUAGAUUGCUUUUAACAUUCAAUGUUUCAGUUAACCUUGGUGACAAGUAUCACAAAAACACUGCUCUGCACUGGGCAGUACUAGCAGGGAAUACCACAGUCAUUAGUCUUCUCCUGGAAGCUGGAGCUAAUGUCGAUGCCCAGAAUAUCAAGGGUGAAUCAGCACUUGAUUUGGCAAAGCAGAGAAAAAACGUGUGGAUGAUUAACCAUUUGCAAGAGGCCAGGCAAGCAAAAGGAUAUGACAAUCCCUCUUUCCUUAGAAAGCUCAAGGCUGAUAAGGAAUUUCGGCAGAAAGUGAUGCUAGGAACUCCUUUCCUAGUUAUUUGGCUGGUUGGGUUUAUAGCAGACCUCAACAUUGAUUCCUGGCUCAUUAAAGGGCUCAUGUAUGGUGGUGUUUGGGCUACAGUACAAUUUCUUUCAAAGUCCUUUUUCGAUCAUUCAAUGCAUAGUGCAUUGCCCCUUGGGAUAUAUUUGGCAACCAAAUUUUGGAUGUAUGUGACGUGGUUCUUCUGGUUUUGGAAUGAUCUCAACUUUUUAUUUAUCCAUCUCCCAUUCCUUGCCAAUAGUGUUGCACUUUUCUACAAUUUUGGAAAAUCUUGGAAAUCAGAUCCAGGGAUUAUUAAAGCUACAGAAGAGCAGAAGAAGAAGACAAUAGUUGAACUUGCCGAGACCGGAAGUCUGGACCUCAGCAUUUUCUGCAGCACCUGUUUGAUUCGUAAACCAGUGAGAUCCAAACAUUGUGGUGUGUGCAACCGCUGUAUAGCAAAAUUUGAUCACCAUUGCCCGUGGGUGGGUAACUGUGUAGGUGCAGGCAACCAUAGAUACUUUAUGGGCUACCUAUUCUUCUUGCUUUUUAUGAUCUGCUGGAUGAUUUAUGGUUGUAUUUCUUACUGGGGACUUCACUGUGAGACCACUUACAGCAAGGAUGGAUUCUGGACAUAUGUUACUCAGAUUGCCACAUGUUCACCUUGGAUGUUUUGGAUGUUUUUGAACAGUGUUUUUCAUUUCAUGUGGGUAGCUGUAUUACUCAUGUGUCAGAUGUACCAGAUAUCAUGUUUAGGUAUUACUACAAAUGAAAGAAUGAAUGCCAGAAGGUACAAGCACUUUAAAGUCACAACAACAUCUAUUGAAAGCCCAUUCAACCAUGGAUGUGUAAGGAAUAUUAUAGACUUCUUUGAAUUUCGAUGCUGUGGCCUCUUUCGUCCUGUUAUCGUGGACUGGACCAGGCAGUAUACUAUAGAAUAUGACCAAAUAUCAGGAUCUGGGUACCAACUUGUGUAGCAACAUCUUUAUUCUAUGAAGCAUAUUGCUGAGUGGUGCCUGAACAUUGUGUCUGUCCGUGUCUCUCUCACACUCCAAUCCACAUCCUUGGAACAAAUUAGCAUGCUGUAUGUAGGGCUAACAGUGAAUUUUACAGUCUUUUUCUUUUCAACACUUUUAUUAAGUAAACAUGGACAGAACACACUGCCACUUCUGUGAAGAAUAAAGAUCACAAAAAGAAGUCUAAUGGUUCUUACAUGGGAACUCAUAAACAUUCAUUUCUGGUUUUGUUCUCAUAACAUUUUUCAUGGAAAAAAUGAACUUACUCUGAUUAAUGUGAUAUAGUGAUGAGAAAUGUUCAGUUCUAACUAAAACUAAAUUUGUAUUAUGGCUAAAUUGUGUUCUGCAGUGCUAGAAGUACUGCAUCUAAUUCUGGGAGAACUGUCUUAAAUUGAUUGACCGUCUUGUGUACACUUCAGAUGUACAUGUAGAUACUGUGAUGAAAUCAUGUAGCGUGUCUUCUAAGGCACAAGAAAGUAACAUUCACACGGUGUGCUGUCUUGCUUCUACCAGCUGCUACAUUGCUGGUGUGUUUCUAGUUCAGUGAUAAUUGGUAGCAAACUGAGGUCUAAUGGUCUGAUACAUAGCACUUGCAUGAGCAUACUAAGUCAUAUUAUUUUGUUGAAAUUUAAAAGCCCUACUAAGUGCAUGAUACACUGCAUAGGAUGUAUACUUGCAGAUAGUGUCCAGUGUAGCAUAAAUUAGGACUUAAUUUCAUGUGCAGUCUCCAAUCUUUAAGAGUUGUUGGAUUAUCAACCAAAGGCAAAACAAGCUGUUGCAAGAUUCUUAGUGAGAGAUGGAUGGAUAUGCUUCUUGUUAAAUUCUGAGCUGAACAGAAAUUGUAGACAAAAUAAUGAAAUUUAAGCUAAAGGUGGAGCAUGAGCUCUGUACAUAGCACAUGUGAAUAAAGAAAAGCAUAUUUUGGUUUUUUUAAAAAAAUGAAAAUAGAGCUUAAUACCCAGGAUUAUUUUAGGUGUUCUUUUCAAUUUUAAGUAUGUUUUGAAACUUGUAAUGCUGUCUGAAACAGUUUCAGCAAGAUUUUUAUUACUGCUAAGUGUGAUGCACUGAUCAAAUUUUGUUGCAGCAUCUCCAUACCCUCAUGGUGAACUGCCAGUCACUGCUUCCAUGAGCAUUGUUUACAGUGAGACUUGGUUUAGUCCUUGUAGAUGCUGUAGCAAACUGUGGUUCGAGCAACCUGUGGGAAACCUGUGAGUGAAUGGGGAAGGGGUCAGACUGAUGACAGAGCCUAGACCAGUGUAAAGAAUGUGUGUCUGUAUAUAAAUAAUUUAUCAAAUACUUUUUCUUUGUGUCUAUAUCUGUUAGUGUUUUUAAAGCUGCUCAUUUCAUUCUGUCCAACCAAAAAGAAAAGGGAGAUAUUAAUGAGCUUCUAGUGACGUUCAAUAUUGCUGUUAAUAGGCAUUAUACCCUGCAAGUUCACUGCAUGUCUGAUGCUUGAUAAAAUUAGUAUUCCCUGUAAAAUGCAGAUUACAGGUAUUAAAGCAAUCUAGUGGUAUACCCGCCCCUUGCCUUAGUAAGAGGAGCAGUGGAGAUGUAUAUAGUUGAUGUUCAGUAUUUCCAAGUACUACCAUUUUUAUAUAGUAAUUUCUUUGACCAUAGUCAUACAUCCAAAAAAAACUACCCUUAUUGUACCUAAGGGUUUUAAUAUUAGAAUUGGCAUAUGUAUUUUAUUUUUGAAGUGGGAAGAGAUGGGUGUGGGGUGGCAAUAGCAUUGUGCCAUUUUGUCAUAGAAUGUAAAAAAAUGGUUAACUGUACAAAUGUCUUUGCUAGUUUUGACUAAAAAUGGGGAAAUUUUAGGUAAUUUUUAAAUUCAAAAGUUAUUUAUAAAAUGCUAGGAUUUGUUUAUUUUUUGUAUUUUGAGUCACUUCACAUGAAGACUCACUUGCAAUUUUUAUCAGAUACAUUUUUAUCCGCAGUUAAAGACUGGUGGUGUUCUCCGUUCGAAUAAGAAUGUUACCAUGUUCUUUCCUUGUGGUAUAAUACUCUUCAGUACAGAAGAGAUGCUUCUCAGUUAAGCUGACAAACAACCUCUAAAUGUGUAAUUACAUGGGAAAUAUUUGCAAGGAAAUGCUUUUAGUACUAAACAUUUCAUAGUACCAGUGAAAUCUGUAACUCAGAAUCAUCAGAUGGUCACAAGGCAACUAUGCAGCAGUGUGCCGUCUGUUUAAUUUUGUAGGUCUUGUGUGUGAACUCAGUUUAACCCAGCUCUAAAGUCAUACGUGAAGGUGAACCUUUUGACAAUAGUUCUCAUUGGCUGAAUUGGACACUAUUAAUAGGAACUUAAUUCUCAGCUCUGAACAUGAAUUCUUUGGAGUUUUUAAUCCAUAUUUUUGUUGUUUGUAGGUGUUUAUUUGAAAUUUUAGACAUAAAACAUCCUACUUAAGCUAUGAAUAUUUUUAUUUUAUAAUUUCUUUAUUUAUAACUGUGCCAAGUAUUAUUUUGCUACUUACUGUGUUAUUCUGUGGAAAGAAAAACCUGUAAAGUGUUUAAUAAAUUAGUUCCCCUUACAUAAAUUAAAUGUCAAAAUUUUUGUAAAAUAUUAAUCAGAAUAAAUAUUGACUCUUACAUGUGGUGUGUUCGCUCAGUUCACUUUCAAGAAAUGGGUGAAACCAUGAUAGUGGAAUCUAUGACACCAAUAGAUUAUGUAUUUCUGUUGUGGUCAGCUAGAAGUCUAGUGGAUAAGAUAGUAGGAAUUUGCAAACGUAAAAGGUGGUGUUACUAUUUAAAAAAAUUUACAGUUCUCUGUGUACAUAUUUUUUAAUAAAAAUAUUUUUUUAUUUAUGAA